GACCGGAUAUCCGGUAAAAGUGCUCGCUGUAAUAAUGUUCGGUGUGAGCCUUGGUCUCUUAGUUCCUUUUUCUACGUAUAUAUUUUUUUCUUUUAGGUAAAUACGUGAUAUACAGUCUAGGUUUUGCGGUGAUAUAAAAUAUGCAUAGCAUUUACACUGCGCUACAAAAUGUUUAAUCUAGAGCUUCAUGUAGUUGUCACUUCAAAACGGUGGUUGAUGCUAGCUUAGCAUUUAGCCACUUUGGUGUAAACAAAGCGAUGCAGACGACUGAAGGUUCCGGUUGACACGGAAACUACUAUACCAGUACUAUACUAACUAAAAUAAUUGAGUGUGCUGUUUUGCUGCAGUUUCAUUUAGGACUCACCCUCGUCUUCCAUGGAGUCACUAAACACGUUUGAUUCCGAGAUGGAGGCUGAUGGACAGGGGAACUACUCCUUGUUUCCCGCUCUGGAUAGCAUUGCAAGUCUGUCUGGGACUGCUGAAACCCUGGAGAGUGAACCACCCAGUGAAAUAGCUGAGAAACCAAACCUCACAUGGCUCGACGCAGCGCAGAUUGUCUUGGAGGAGGCUGGACGGCCCAUGCACAUAAAGGAGAUUAAACAGAGAAUAAUCGACAGGGGACUUGUUCAAUCCAAUGCAAAAUCAAGCCUGGAAGCCGUCAUGUAUCGUGAGACACAAAAAGGCAGCAGGAGAUUCAAGAGGAUUGAAAACAGAAAUGGAGUCUUUGCACUGCUGACUGAUGAGGAGCGACAGCAGGCCCUGCAGGCAUUCACUGCCCAGUCUUUCCUCGGCUCUCCGCAGCAGAAUACCAUCUCCAGUUCUGGUUCAGGAGUCUCUGUGCCUGCCUUCCCGUCUCCAUCCAGUUCCUCUGAGCAUAAGGCCAAGAUGAAGAGAGGUCCACGAAAAAACCAGAACGAGAAGUACAGACUCAAGUACCUCAGGCUGCGCAAAGCUGCUCGUGCAAUGAUCUUUGAGAAUGCAGCUCUCUGUGAUGAGGUUGCUCAUUUAGAAGAGAAGUUUCUUAGAGCAAAGGAAGAGCGCAGGUUCUUGUUAAAGUCGUUGUUGCAGUACCAGUCUGUGUCGGAGAGCGAGAUGCUGCCUACACCCAGCUCGAGUUCUCACCCACCAGUGCCACCGGCAGCAUUGGCCUCAGGCCCUGUAGGGUCUUCAGGCCUCUCUGCAGCCCAUAACCUCACAUCAGUAGUGUCAACAGCAGAAGAAGGACUGCUUAAGAAACCCAAGAAGGAAAGGAAAGAACGUGGGAAGGAGAAUGGAAAGGAAGAAUUUCCAAAGAAGAUGUCAAAGAAGAGAAAGCUAGCAGACGGCUCACGGAAGCUGGUGCAGCCCAUCCCUCUUGACUCAUCCGGCCGUCCGGUGUUUCCCAUUGUCCUGGGAGGUCUGACGGUCUACAGCCUGGGGGAGAUUAUCACUGACAGAAUGCUGUUCCACGACGAGUGUGCCAUCUACCCUGUGGGCUUCUGCAGCACGCGCAUCUUUGCCAGCAUGAAAAACCCCGACCUUCAGUGCCUCUACACCUGCCAGAUCAAGGAUGGGGGGACAGGUCCACAGUUUGAGAUUGUACCAGAAGAAGAGCCUCAGAAUGCCAUCGUAGCCUCCUCCGCCCUGACGUGCCACUCCAAUCUACUGAAAGCCAUCGCAUCUGUCAGUUCCAAGGCUGUGGCUCCGAUUGUGCCCUCAGGAGCAGACUUCUUUGGCUUCUCUCACCCCACCAUCCAGAAUCUCAUCCAGAGUUGUCCUGGAGCUCGCAAAUGUAGCAACUACAGAUGGAUUCGUUUUGAGGUGUGUCGCCCUGGUGAUGGCCAGGUCUCCCACAGCUUGUCGGAGGACGACGCCUCCGUCAACUUUGAAGCCUACCAGAGACACCAAGGCUUUGAUGAGAACAUCAAGGCGGAGCACAUCACAGAACAGAUGCCGGCGUCUCCUAGCUCCUCUCAUCAGCACCACCUGACCCCCUCCGCCGUGAAGCCCUCUACCUCAUAUUUCAGCUCGUGAGCUUUUGCACCUCUGAAACCAAGGUCACACAGUACCUGAUCAUGAUGAACUAUUACUGAUAUUUACAAAGCAUACAGUCCUCUGUGUCCUCCCUGAUUUACUAGUCCAAGAAACAGCAGCAUAUGUUUGAGUAACUGAAAUCUAAAUGAAUUAUUGCACGA